CGCGCAAACAAUCAGUAAUGACGUAUGAUGGUUUAACAAACGGAGCUUAGGAGUCUGUAAGAUGAUUUAUUGGUUGGUGGCGUGCUUCUGAUCGAAGCGGAAAUAGCCGACAGUUUCCGAAGGUGACGUCAUGGUACAUGUGAGUGAUCUAGAAUUUUCGCCGGUAAGAAAGUUCUGGAGGUUCACCAGUAUAUAUGCCCAGGAAACGCCACUACGCUCGGCAGCUGAAUACCAGCGGUUAUUGACUUUCGAUAAUAUUGUACACUCUAAGAAACGUUAUUCGUUCGUCGAAUUCUAUUUGAACUCCACCGUACAACGUGUGAGCAGUGCUUAUUAAAAACAUGUCCGUCGUGGGGUUUGAUUUCGGGACUCUGUCCUGCUACAUUGCUGUAGCAAGAUCGGGUGGUAUUGAAACGAUUGCCAACGAAUAUAGCGAUCGAUGUACGCCGUAUAUUGUGAUUUGCUUUCAUGAAACUAACACGUCUGUAUUGUCUGUCUGCAGGCAACCAAACAUGAAGAAUACUGUUCAUGGAUUCAAGCGAUUACUUGGACGGAAAUUUGAUGACCCGUUUGUACAAAGUGAAAAAGUUAAUUUUCCCUAUGAAAUUUGCAAAAUGAUUGAUGGAAGUGUGGGAAUAAAGGCGAAUUAUCUGGGUGAAGAAGAAGUAUUCAGCACACAACAAAUAACCGGAAUGUUACUAACAAAACUGAAGCAAUCUGCUGAGGUGGCACUUGGGAGAAAAGUAGCUGAUUGUGUACUAUCUGUACCUAACUAUUACACAGAUGCUGAGAGGAGAGCUCUUCUAGAUGCUGCCAAAAUCUCUGAACUCAAUGUAUUAAGACUGAUGAAUGAUACCACAGCCAGUGCUCUGGCCUAUGGUAUCUACAAGCAAGAUUUGCCAGUCCCUGAAGAGAAGCCCAGGAAUGUGGUUUUUGUUGACAUGGGUCAUUCAUCCUUACAAGUUGCUGCCUGUGCAUUCCAUAAAGGAAAACUGAAGGUGCUAGCUACAGCUGCAGAUCCAGUCCUAGGUGGUCGUGAUUUUGAUACUGUACUAACGAAUUAUUUUGCUGAAGAAUUCAAGAAGAAAUACAACAUUGAUGCUAAAUCUAAAAUGCGGGCAUUGAUGCGUCUCAGACAAGAAUGUGAGAAAAUGAAGAAACAGAUGAGUGCUAAUCCCAAUGAGUUGCCAAUUAAUAUUGAGUGUUUUAUGGAUGAUAAAGACGUGUCUGCUAGACUAAAAAGGGCUGAUUUUGAAUCGCUUUCUGCAGGUCUCUUAAAGAGGGUUGAGGCACCGCUUUUAUUCAACUGCUUCAUGAUUCAAGUAAAGUUAAAGAAAGAUGACAUAGACUCAAUAGAAAUAAUCGGUGGUUCAACACGUAUGCCAGCUAUUAAAGAAUCAUUAAGAAAGUUUGGUAAGGAAGUUAGUACAACGUUGAACCAAGACGAAGCUGUAGCAAGAGGGUGUGCUUUACAGUGUGCAAUUUUAUCUCCCACAUUCCGUGUUCGUGAGUUCUCAAUCACGGAUGUAACACCGUAUCCAAUCAAACUAACCUGGAAAGCUUCGCUGGAAGAUGAAGAUGAAGGAGAUAUGGAAGUAUUCAGUAAAAAUCAUGCGGCACCAUUUUCUAAACUGUUAACAUUCUACAGGAAAGAACCUUUUGAACUACAGGCCUACUAUGUAGAUUGUAAAAAUAUUCCCUAUACCCAUCCAUUUAUUGGUCGCUUCAUUGUCAACAAAGUGGCACCUACUGCUGAUGGUGAGAGUGCAAAGGUCAAGGUCAAAGUACGGGUCAACAUACAUGGCAUUGUCACGCUCCCUUCAGCAUCAAUGCAGGAAAAACUUCCUGAAGUUGUAGAAAAGACAAACGGACCAGAAUCCAUGGAAACUGACCAACCUGCUGAACAAAAAACUGAAACUAAUGAUGAGGCAAAAACAAAAGAUGUGCAGGCAAAAGCAAAUACAAAUACAAGCGAAGAGACUCCAAUGGACACUGACACGCCACCUGAGAGCCAGAAAGAAGAAAACUCUCAAACAGAAUCUAAUAAUGAGAAGAAGGAAGAGGAGACUGGAAAAACUGAAAAAAAAGCUGACACACCAAAGAAGCCCAAGAAACAAUUUAAAACGAUUGAUCUACCUAUUGAGACUUCCGCUCAAGAGCUAUCUCAAACUGACUUGAAUCUGUCAGUGGAGAAAGAGGGCAAGAUGGUAAUGCAAGACAAAUUGGAAAAAGAAAGAAAUGAUUCUAAGAAUGCUGUGGAAGAAUAUGUUUAUGAUAUGAGAAGUAAACUUUACGACAGAUAUGAGAAAUACAUAUCAGACAAAGACAGGACAUCAUUUAGUAAAUUGCUAGAUGACACAGAAAACUGGUUGUAUGAAGAGGGUGAAGACGAAAGUAAACAAGUAUAUAUCGAUAAACUGGCAUCAUUGAAAAAACUAGGUGAUCCUGUUGCAUCAAGGUUCCGAGAACACGCAGAGCGGCCUAAAGCGUUUGAAGCUCUAGGUGCAGCACUUCAAAUUAUUAGAAAAGUCUUAGAUUUAUACAAACAAAAGGAUGAAAAAUAUGAUCAUAUAGCUAGUGAUGAUAUGAAGAAAGUUGAGAAAUGUGUCAAGGAAAAACAGAAAUGGUUUGACAGUAAAUUAAACUCUCAAAACCAAGUAAAAUUGUAUGAAAAUCCAUUAGUUUUAGCAGAACAAAUUAGAUCCGAAACAAAGAGCUUAGAAUCAACGUGCAAUCCCAUCAUUAACAAACCUAAACCAAAAGUGGAACCGCCACCGAAAGAAGAAAAAAAGGAGGAAAAAAAGGAUAAGAAAAAAGACGCAGAGCCUAGCACAGCAGAAGAAAAUGCUCAACCAUCGCAACCACAGGAGGAUUCAGCACCCAAGGAGGAAGACCACAUGGACUUAGAUUAGAAUACUCCCAAUUGCUUUAAUAAAACAUGACUUGAAAUUCCAACAUUUGGACACGUAUUAUUCAUGCUUCAAUCAUGUAUUCUCAACAUUAUAAAUAGGCACCGACCACCUUCAAUUUUAAAUUUAAUGAAACCAAAGCUCAUGCUUAGCCUUUUGAGUAUUUUGGGAUCUUAAUUCGAUAAUGCACCGACAGAAAUGCUUUGUUGCUCAGGAACAUUUUUAUGGACAAUGAUGUCAGUAUCUGCAUUUGUUAUCCAAUUAAAAUAGUCAACCUUAAACAAAUGCGCUUUCUUUUAUUUGAAAGUAAUGAAUGAUACAACCACUAUUUUUGACUAGCAAUGUUUUAUACGCUGCAUUCAUGUAACCACAGUUUAUUUUAUUAUUUGUUUAAAUAUAGAUGAUAAACCUAAAUUUGUUGCUCGUGUUUGGGGUGCAGGCCAAACAUUUUAUCAAGUAUUUCAUGUGAUGUUAUUGAAACGUCACUGGAGAUUAUGAAUUUAAAAUUAUAGAAGUUUUGACUCCAGGUUACUGUGCUAAGAAGACUUGUGGAACAUGUUGUAUAUCAACUACAAUUUGGAAAUAUGUUUUGAAGCUUGGUUGAUGUUCACCUAAAAAAAAUGUGCUGAAACUUUAGAAUGUUUUUGAACAGUCUUAUUAAACGCAUGUAUGAAGUGCUCAUUGUUAUAUUGCUCUAGUUUUCCUUGUAUUAAACCCUACCUCCGGCAUGAAGUAUCAUGGUAUCACUUUUAUCCUAUUUGCUCUAGUAAUUUAUGAAAGGGAUGUGUCAGAUGAAUUAAGGUGGGGGGGGGGGGUUUACAAGGACAACUACGAGGUGUUUGAAACUCUGUGAUGCUAAAUUUGUAUAUUUGCUCUGCUUGUAGAUACGUUUGAAUUCAUGUAUAUUCCCAGUGUUCUGUUCAUUUUUGUGUGCCUGCUUUAUUUUAACAGCUAGCUGAUGAUGUACAGUGUAUGUUGUAGGGGUGGGUGGGGUACAAGGCUUUCCUGACGGUGUUGAAAAAUGGAAGUUGAAAUCAAAUUUGAAAAUAUUUUGCGUUAGUAUGUAUCAGUAAGUUAAGUAGUCAUUCGUUUCUUAUUGUCAAGUUUGGGACAAAUGUUCACAAUUCAGUUGCAUAUUAACUAGAGAAUAUUAAAACAGAUUGUUUUUGCCAUGAAAAUGAUGUUGCAUGUGCAGGAUAUCCAUGUUUUUGAAAUAAAUGAACCAAUUAUUACAUGGUUCAAUUGCCUAAGAAUA